CCUUUUCAUCCGAUGGUAAACCUAGUGUGCAGUGCUGACCUGAGGAUGUUCCUGUGUGCCCUGUACGCCCCGGUGUGCACGGUCUAUGGUCAGGUGUCCAUGCCAUGUCGAUCUCUCUGCCAGCGCGCCAAAGACGAGUGCCACAAACUCAUGCAGAUAUUUGGAGUAGCCUGGCCAGACGACAUGGAGUGUAGCAGGUUCCCGGAUUGUGAUGAGCCCUAUCCUCGUGCAGAGGACCUGCUAACAGGUUCUGACCCCACUGACCAGUCAUCCAUGACUGUGCAGAGAGAAUACGGUUUCUGGUGCCCCAGAGAGCUCAAAGUUGACCCUGAACUAGGUUACUCUUUCAUGGGCAAGAAGGACUGUUCUGCUCCAUGUCCCUCAAUGUUCUUCAACCAGCAGGAGCUGACCUUUACCCGAUACUUCAUAGGCGUCGUCUCCAUCGUCUGUCUGUCCGCAACACUCUUCACCUUUCUGACAUUUCUCAUUGAUGUUACCAGGUUUCGAUACCCUGAGCGUCCAAUAAUCUUCUACGCUGUGUGUUAUGUCAUGGUGUCGCUGGUGUUUUUCCUUGGGUUCCUGUUGGAAGACAGAGUUGCCUGCAAUGCAGUCAUCCCUUCUCAGUUUAGAGCUUCAACCAUAACACAGGGUUCACACAACAAGGUGUGCACCCUCUUCUUUAUGGUCCUGUAUUUCUUCACCAUGGCUGGCAGCUUGUGGUGGGUCAUACUGACAAUCACUUGGUUCCUGGCCGCUGUGCCUAAAUGGGGUAGCGAGGCCAUCGAGAAGAAAGCCCUCCUCUUCCAUGCUGUUGCCUGGGGGCUCCCAGGGGCCCUGACUGUCACCUUGUUGGCCCUGAACAAAAUAGAAGGAGAUGGGAUCAGUGGAGUGUGUUUCAUAGGCCUGUAUGAUAUAGACGCCCUGCGGUGGUUUGUUCUGGCACCACUCUGCCUCAAUGUGGCGGUGGGCGUCUCUCUCCUGUUAGUGGGCAUUGUGGCUCUGAAUCGGGUGCGCAUGGAAAUCCCUCUGGAGAAGGAAAACCAGACCAAACUAGUCAAGUUUAUGAUCCGAAUGGGAGUGUUCUCGGUGCUCUACCUUGUCCCCCUAUUGACGGUGAUCGGGUGCUACCUGUAUGAACACACCUACCGAAACAUUUGGGAGAAAACAUGGAUGGAGGAGAACUGCAAGCACUAUCACAUCCCCUGCCCAUAUAAGGUGGAGCAGAGCAGUCGACCGCUCAUGGUUUUGUUCCUGAUGAAAUACCUGAUGAUGCUGGUGGUGGGAAUUCCCUCUGUGUUCUGGGUGGGCAGUAAGAAGACCUGUUUCGAAUGGGCCAGCUUCCUGCACGGACGCAGACGCAAAGACAGUGGGGUGAACGAGUCUCGCCAGGUUCUGCAGGAGCAGCCCGACUUUGCUCAGUCUCUGCUGCGUGAACCCAACACUCCUGUUAUUAGGAAGUCCAGAGGAACAUCCACUCAGGGCACCUCUACCCACGCCUCCUCCACCCACUUAGCUGUCCUGGACGACCUUGACGAGCCGGUCAGAACUCACCAUGGCCACCCUGCCUCCACCAGGAGUAAAGCCAGCAGCGUUCACAGCAAGGCCAGCUACCACGGCAGCCUGCGCCGCACCCGGGACGACAGGAGCGAUGCGGUGGUUUACCGAGGUACAGAGGAGCGCAGUUUCCAUGGCAGCAUGCCACGUCUCGACCACCCGCUUUCCACUCACAGCAGCCUCCAUCAUAUAGAGAGCAACUCACGGCACGGCAGCCAGCGAGACGUGUCUGAAGCCCUGUCUACCCUCAUCACCCACGGAACCACGGCGAGUAUCAGUCGAGUUGCUGAGAAUGACGGCACUAGUGCCUGAAAACAAUCACAAACUUGGAAACAGGAAAUCAUUGCCAGGACGCUGUCUAUGUCUUUCAAAGAAGAUUUGCUGUCAGCAGAACAACACUGCAGUGUCUGCAGUGUGGGAGAGUCUGUCAAGAUGGAGGAUGUACCAGUGUGUGCUGUGGUGGUGAAUUUUAGUUUCAGUUUAUCGCUGGACAGUCGUUAGCUGUUUAGCUACUGGAGAACACAGGUUUAAGCUGGACAGGUAUGUUUACAUAUUUGAGUUGACGAAGCAGUUGACUCCUGAUUGCUCAACUCAAACUGCUGAACCAACAAGAUAAAUCCACCUCCACAGACUUAAGUGACAUCAAGAUGUUAUUCAGGUAAAGUUUAAGUAUCUCGUGAUAAGCAAUGGUGACAGUUUGUUGCAGGUUUACUCUGAAAGAUUCAUCUUGGAUUUAGAGGUUUGACACCAGAUCAUUGUGACACGCCUCUACUUCCAAAUAAGGAUCUUGAAUCAUCUUGCAGGAUUUACAGGAAUAUUGUUAAAUAUGUGAACUGUGCCGAGUAUUGCUUUUGUAACAAUCUGCAUUGGUUUGUCGUCUCACGUGAAACUUGACUGAUUUCAGUCAGAUCUAAUUAUUCCAUGUUUUUGUUUCUUAGACUGCAGCUCUUAAUGAUGAUGUUUAUCUUUGUGUGGCUCAAAGUCAAUGAAUAUGGGCCUCAUGUGACAUUUUGGACCUUUUUGUGGAUUAGUGAGAUAUUUUUAUACUGUGAAAAUCAUCUGUGUGGUGCUGAAUGCUUCUCAGUGACAGUGUGUUUGUGUGUGUGUGUGUGUGCGUGGGAGUGCGUGUGUAUGUGAGAUUGAGUAAGAAAUAAAUACACAAGUGGUUAAAUGUGUUUUUAAACUUCAGUCACUCCCUCUGAUCUAAACAGAGAAGACAUGAUGGAGGGAACUGAACCCAGAUUGUCAAAGGUUUGUCUUCAGAACCAGGAAGAGGAAUGAGCUUGAAUAAUGCUUGUGCACUUACUUAACAUGCACAGAGGUUAUUCUUUAUUAUUAAAUAAUUUCAGCACUGGACCUUUUGCAGAGAGGCAUCAGCUUUGCAAAGGAAGACAGGUUGGCUUUAGAAUCAAACAAGAGAAUAAUUCACACAACCAAUGCUUAUUUCCGUUGCUGUCAACCAGCCAAUCUUGUUUAUAAAAUCUAAAUGGAAGAAGCCAAAUAAGAGUCAUUACAAAGUCUAAAAGCCUCAAAAUCGCGUAACAAUCUAAACAUCAACAACCUCUGUCUGAUUCAGGAAGUCGUCUAUCACUGCAUUCAAGUCUAAGCCUGUAUCGACUGAAGCGUAAUUUCAAAAUGGAAACCAAUGACAGUGCUUUUAUUUUGAAAUCUGUCAACAUCCUCAUGGCAGAAUGGUUUUUUUUUUUUUUUCCUAAUGCCAUUUUUACUAGUUGCAUUGAUGUGACCCAACCUGCUUCUGUACAUGCUCUUUGGUCACCUGUGCUUGCAUUGUUCAAACUUACAGAAACAAUCAGUCAUCAGGCGCGAUAUGUUGUCUGACACUUAAUGUUAUAGGAAGUUAAAUGUAUAAUAUCACUGUCUCUCAUUUAGUUUUUGUUCCACAAUCCCUCAAGUUAACCUACCUCACCUCUACCUUCAGCCUUCUCUGUACCUGGGUGUACACACACGUUAUUGUUUUUUAAAUUAAAAUGCCUAUAUCAGUAGAAAUUUUUGCUUAUUUCUGAAGAAUCUGAAAGGCUCUAAAA